AUGGUUGUGUACAAAGCAGAGGUCUUCACUGGAGAUAUGCUGGGUGCUGCUACCCUGCCAUUCAAUGACCCCAACCCAGAUGCUGUGAAGAACUGGAAGGAGGUGCUGGAGCUUCGGAGAAAAGUCUACAGAUGGAGCAAGUUUCUAGAUGGUCUACCUGAGUCUGUUAAAACAAAAAGUGUUUUAUCCCUGCCCCGUGGAGUUCAAUUCUCAAAAACCAAGUUUGAGGAGUCCGCCUUGACCAUCGGCGCAGCAGUCACCAUGGUUGUGUACAAAGUAGAGGUCUUCACUGGAGAUAUGAUGUGUGCUGGUACAACUAACAGUAUCACCAUACAACUCAUUGGCACCAAGGGAGAAAGUGACAAAAUCGCCUUCCCCAGUCGUGGGAGCCAAAUCCCAAAGGGGAAGGAUGAAUUUGAGGUGCCAACUACUUCUAGCCUGGGCCACCUUGUACUCUUGAGGUUGCAGACGAAGCAUCACAUUUUCCACUUCAUAGAUAAAGAGUGGUUCUGUUCCAAGGUUGUCGUGACGACGCCAGAGGGAGAAACGGUCCAUUUCCCCUGCUACCAAUGGGUGUCAAGUGACAAGCCGGUUGUCUUGAGAGAUGCCGUUGCUACCCUGCCAUUCAAUGAUACCAACCCAGAUGCUGUGAAGAACAGGAAGGAGGAGCUGGAGCUUCGGAGUAAGGCCUACAGAUGGAGCAAGUUUCUAGAUGGUCUACCUGAGUCUGUUAAAACAAAAAGUGUUUUCUCACUGCCCCGUGAAGUUCAAUUCUCAUUCACCAAGGCCACGGAGUUCUUCUUGACCAUUGGCGCAGCACUGUUUGAGUUGGAACUACAAGGACUUUUGAACGAUAAGAAACCAUGGACGAGCAUGAAAGAUAUCGAUCGAGUUUUCUGUGGCCAAAAAACAGAUGCUUACAAGUAUGUUGAAGAGCACUGGAAAGAGGACACCUUUUUUGGAUACCAGUAUCUUAACGGUAUCAACCCAAUGAUGAUCCGUCGUUGCUCCAAGCUUCCAGACAACUUCCCUGUCACAGAAACCAUGGUGAAGGCUUCUCUCCAGGAACAACGCAGCCUGGCAGAGGAGAUUCAGAAUGGCAACAUGUUCCUAGUUGAUUACAAGAACCUGGAUGGAGUGACUGCAAACGUGAUCAAUGGGAAACAGCAGUACCUAACCGCUCCUCUGGUGCUGCUCCACAAGAACACUGAUGACACCUUGAAGCCCAUUGCCAUACAAUUGAAGCAGACCCCUGGAGAUGACAACCCCAUCUUCCUUCCCACUGACUCUGAGUAUGACUGGCUCCUGGCCAAGAUAUUUGUGCGAGCUGCAGACUUUGCAGAACACGAGCUCAACUUUCACCUGCUGCGUACUCACCUGCUGUCUGAGGUCUUUGCCAUGGCAACUCUUCGCAACUUUCCCAUGGUGCAUCCCCUGUACAAGCUCCUGAUGCCCCACUUCCGCUACACACUGCAGAUUGACACGUUGGCUAGAUCACAGCUGAUAUCGAAGCAUGGGAUCAUCAAUACGUUUGCAGCUGUGGGUGGUCCAGGGAUGAUGAUGUACCUGAAGAAAGCUGUGGCCUCAUUGACUUACAGCUCCCUCUGUAUGCCGGAGGACAUCGCUGCACGCGGGCUGGAGUCACUUCCCAACUUCUACUACAGGGAUGACGGACUCAAGCUGUGGAACAUCAUCCAAAAGUAUGUCCAGGGAGUGGUGGAGAACUACUACUGUCAAGAUGCUGACGUCGUUAAAGACUCAGAACUGCAGGGUUGGAUUACGGAGGUGUAUGACCAUGGCUUCAACAAAGAACCCAACACAGGAAUCCCUCAGUCUUUUACAUUGGUGACUGAUUUGGUUAAGUUUCUCACCAUGGUGAUCUUCACUGCAUCUGUCCAACAUGCUGCCGUCAACAAUGGGCAGUUUGAUUUUGCUGGCUGGAUGCCCAACGCUCCCAUCUCCCUGCAGAAGCCCCCUCCCACCACUAAGGGGCAGUCUACUGAGAAGACCAUGCUGGAAACAUUCCCGGACAUUAAUGUAACUGUGCAUGGCUUGGCAACAGUGUAUCUUCUGAGCAAGCAGUCAGAUGACUAUGUUCCUCUUGGAAAAUACACAGAUGACCAGUUCAUUGAAAAGAUCCCACUGGAGAAGAUUAAACAACUCCAGAAGGAGCUGAACAUCUUCAACUAUGAAACCAAAAUCAGGAAUGUUGAACUGCCAUUGCCAUACACCUAUCUUAUGCCUGAGCAUGUAGAGAACAGUGUAGCCACAUGAAGUGACUAAAGGAGCUAGGCUAUCACUUGAAGAUCACUGGGAUCUUUAUGGCUUCACUGGAAAUCUAAGACACAGAGCAGAGAAUGAAUGGUCUGUUGCUUGUGCCUCUCUUUUAGUUUUAUAAACAUUAAUAUACUAAAUACAAUCACUUAUAAUGUAAUCAAUUAUAAAGACAAAAACAUUUGAGAAAGUGAAGGGGUCUGAAUUCUUUCUGAAGAUAAUGGUACUAUUACCUAGCCAUCCAGCUUGUCUACAGAGAGCAUUCUU